GUUUUUUUGGCCAAUCAAAUUUUAGCAGGAAUUCGGUGCGAAGUGAUAAAAUGGCGGCUGAUGGAGCAGCAGCAGAAGGAGGAGAAGACUUUGAUCCGCGAUCUGGUGAUAUAGAGUUCCACGAGACGCACAUAAAUAGUGCACUUACAGCACCGGACCAGAAACUGUGGUAUCAUGGGAGGCUUGGAAGAGCAGGUGCAGAGGACCUCCUGCGAGAGCAAGAGGCUGGCAGCUACCUGGUACGGGAGAGUGAGAGCAAGCUUGGCUCCUUUGUGCUGUCCUAUCUUGGUCAAAAUCACAAAAUUACACAUUUCAGGAUACUGGCAAUGUGUGGGGACUAUUACAUAGGUGGUCGUCAGUUUGAGUCUCUUUCUGACUUGAUCGGCUACUACACCACCUGCUCCUGUCUGCUGAAAAAUGAGCAACUCAUUCAUCCAGUCGCGCCACAGGAGCCUGUGGAUGACAGAAGACGUGUGGUGGCUAUGCUCUCCUACAGAAAAGCAGCUGAUUCAGAUGAGCUGAGUUUUUGCAAAGGCGAUGUGUUUGUUGUGCAAAAUGAACUUGAAGAUGGAUGGCUUUGGGUGACAUCAGAGCGAACCAAGGAAAGUGGACUUGUACCCGCCCCAUUUGUAAAAGAUUUGGACGGUGACUAUGAACCAGUUGAAAGCCUUCCUUACUAUCAUAGCUGUCUUAGCAAAGAAGAAGCAGUUGAAAAACUUAUGCAAGCUGGAGAAGGAAGCUUUCUUGUCAGACAGAGCGAGAACUACCCUGGUGACUAUUCACUUUUCUUCCUGUGCGAAAAGGAUGUUCGACGCUUUCGCAUAGAAAAAAGAGGAAAUCAGUUCCUCGUUGGUGGUCGAUUUUUUGACAGUUUAGAUGGUGUGAUCAAGCGAUACAUGAAAGAAGAAAUAGUAGAAGGGCAUACUUUGCGCUACCCGGUCUACAGAGACAUCUUUGACAGUAAUAAUACACGUUUUGAGCGUUUGACUGUGGAUGGCAGCGAUGAUAUUUAUGCUCCUAUUCGCCAAAGUACAGGUCCAAAGCUUGUCACAAGAACAAAUGACAGAAUCGAAAUGUCUGGUUACCUUCAUUUCAGAAAUGAAAAGAUGAAAAAAUUUAAAUCUUACUAUUUUGUCCUGAAUGGAACUGAGAAGAUACUGUACUUCUUUGAAAAUGAAAAGCGAUCAAAGCCUAAAGGGUUGAUAGAACUUGAACACACAUCAGUCUACCCUGUCCAUGACAGUCUUUUUGGCAGACCAAACUGUUUCUUGCUAGUUUCUACAUAUGACAACAGCAAGACAACAAGUUACAUUGGUGCUGAGAGCAGUGAAGUCAUUAGGAGAUGGGUGCAUAUAUUGAAGUCAGCAUGCUCAAAUAUGCUGGCGGCGAUGCCAGCAAAGGGUCUUCGUGCUCUUCACAGCCUGUCAGUGACUGUCAUCUCAGCCCAUCAUGUGCCCAAUAAACUGCUGACACACCCUGCCUGCUACCUGGCUCUCAAUCAGCACAGAGUGGGACGUACACAGUUGUAUGAAGGGCCAGACCCAUUCUGGAAUGAAGAGUUUCAAUUAGAUGAUAUUCCACCUGACGUUGAAAACUUUACUGUGUCCUUGUACAAUGUCAAGCGCACCCGAGAAAUGUUAAUAGGGUCUGUCACAAUUCAGCUGUCGUCACUGGAGAACCAGGAGCUUGCCGAUGAGCAUCAUCCUUUAGCCUUUCUAGGUGGUGCUUUGCCCAAAGGAGAAGUCGGGACUCUCCGUCUCAAGGCAUACUAUCAACAUCAAGUACUGCUUCCACAGGCUGAGUACACCAGUCUCAAAGAACUGCUUUUAGAGGAGGGGUAUGAGAACCUGCUCACCCUGGCCCAGCUUUGUCCCAAGCACGAAUGGACCACACUGGCCCGAGCACUUUUGCGCAUUUUCAGUUCUGACCGCAAGGAGGUGGUCCUCCUCAGAACCCUGAAUGAUCACGAAAUUGAGAAGGAAGUGGAGGUGUCAACCUUGUUUCGAGCUACCACACUGGCAACAACUUUAAUGGACCAGUACAUGAAAAUGACUUCCACAGACUUUGUAAGGCAAGCCGUCCAGUCAGGGGUCCAUAAAGUCCUGGAGCUUAAACACUCGUGUGAGCUGAAUCCAGCUCUCCUGGAUGGUACAACUGACUCAAAAGCUAAUUCAGAGCUCCUUUUAUCUCUUCUAAACACAAUAGUAGAAGAUAUCUUCAGAGCAGCCGACUCAUGCCCAUCGCAGCUGCGGUACAUUUGCAACUGCUUGCAACGAAAAGCAAGAGCUAAAUGGCCUGAAGAUGAAACUGUCCGAACCAGGGUAGUUAGCAGUUUUAUAUUUCUCCGACUGUUGUGCCCUGCUAUCGUGAACCCUAAGUCUUUCAGCUUGGUGGCUGAGAACCCAUCAGAGACAGCAGCACGUACCUUAAAGCUUAUUGCCAAAGUUCUGCAAAUGUUGGCAAAUCUUGUUGAUGCAGGUCCCAAGGAACCCUUUAUGGAGGUGGUGCAUCCAUUCAUCAGAAGAAACCGGGAACGUUUAGUAGCAUUUUUGGAUGAACUUGCUUGUGUGACAGAUAGACCCAGUUAUGCAGGAACAUCACCUGGUGAUAUCGCCAGAGAGCUUGCUGUCAUUCAUCAACUUUGUGUCUGUCACUUGGGAGAACUCCGUGAAGAGUCUGAUAGAAAGCCUACUUUGAGGAAACUAGUUGCAGUGACUGAGGUUUUGACCAACCACAAAAAGCAGUAUCUGGGGGAUACAUGACAUGAGGCCAGCCAGGGGGAGGAGGUGGCGACACACAAAGAGGACCAGUCCCAGCUUGACAGACAUGUGGUGGGCAUUUGUGUCAAGCCUGUUGAUUGGAAGAGCAAGACCUGGUAGACAAUUUGCAGCUUAUGUCAAGUGUCAUUGGACUGGCUGGUCGUUAAAAUACAGGCACUCCAAACUCAAGAACAGACAAGUUAGUCUGGCAAGGAGACAUCAUCAACAAGCACAUGCUAAGACCAACGAUUAUCUGGCAUGAAGGUCAAGGAAAACCUUUUCUGUUCCUUUGGCUCACUACACCUGCAAUGGGGCUGACCAAAGACAGUAGAGACCCAAGUGUUUGUGCUGGAUAACUUGGCUGCUAACAAGAAGCAGCUGAUUUUACCAUAUGUUUUGAGACAUCUGAUUGGCAGUUGUGCAGCAUCAUAUUUUUCAGUUUGCAGAGUUUUUUCCACACUCUGGGCAUAACGUUCUGAAGCAGUUAUUGCCCGUGCAUGUGUUUUAAGACAGUCAGCUGACUGAUACAAAUCUUAUUUUGUGUGAGAAACUUCAGGACUGAGAUAUUAGCCUUUUGAGAAAGCAUAGCAUUGAAGUAGGCAAUGAACUUGGUAGACUUGUGACUUGACUGCGCAGGUUGGGACUUUGAAAAUUUGUUGUAUGCACACCUCUGCCAAUGUCAGGCCAUGGAUCAUUGGUGGCUGUUUAUGCCCCAGUCGGUAGCUGUCAUGCGCUUGAUGUUGAUAUCAACAUUUAUCAUCUGCACCCACCUUUAGGGACACAUCAUUUGCAUAGGACUGGAUUCCCCAAAAGAAAGGCACCUUUUAUGUUGGCAGAUGCAGUGAAAAUAGAAGAAAAUAACAUUGAUACAAAAAUGUGAUAUUUUUUGUGACCAUUCUCUCGUUCUCAUCCUGACAAGGAAUGUUAACUUCUUUGUGGAUUUUUUUUUAAAAAUUGUGGACUAUAAAUGAUGCUAGACUGCAAGUGUGUAUGAACAGAGUGCUUGAGAAAUAUUUUGGAGUUACAUAAGUCAAGAUAAUAAUGAAAGCAUUCAUUUAUUUCUUUUACUGCACAAGUGCUUACAGUUUCCUCAAAACGUAUUUGGCACCGUCAAGUCAGUUUCAUGGAUUUUCAAAUUUUAUUUUAUGACAAUUUCAUAAAGUUAUAUUUGAAUGCUUGAUUAGAUUUUUUUUUCUGCUCAUAUACUCAGUAAGCAUUUUCCUUCUUGUGAAUACCUACUGUUGAUAGUUCAGUGCUGUCUAUGCCUUUUUCCACCAAUCUUCAUUAUUUAGAAGCUGAAGUCCUCAGAAAUUUCUAAAUUGCUUACUCUAUAAUAAUGUGACAGAAAUGGCCAGUGAUAACAGAACACAAAGCUCUUUACAGUUAGACUUUAAUUACUCUGUAAUACUAGCCAUAUAGUUUUUAGUGAAGUUAGAGUUAUUUAAACAGAUCUUCAUGUAAAUGUAUAAGCUAGAUACAGCUAAGGAAGUAAGAGGCUACUUGGGAAUUCCUAUCAGGGAUAAACAACUCAAACAUAGCAGAGGUCCAUACAGCAGAACCAUAUGGCGAUGGACAGUGCCAAGCACUUUUUGUGUCACAUCUCCUUCAAAAUCACUCUUGUAACUGCUAUGUUGUGCAGGCUCAUGGGAUUGUAAGAGAAAGAGUUUAUGAAAGUUAUGCUUUUCCAUUCUUGAGCUGAAGGCAGUAUUGAAUUGAAACUAUUUUAGCUUGUUCUGUCAGAUCCACAGCAGAGUUUAACAAGUUGUUUAUAGAUAUAAACGUCACAGAAGAAGUGUGUGUAAUUGAGUAAUGUUGCUUAUGCCACAGUGUCAGUUUCAAGUGAUAAUUAUAAUUUUUUUAAAGCUGUGAAGGCCCACUUCGGAUGGAAGAACAAUGCAUUCAAAGCUAUUUAAUUCAAGCUAGCUGUUCUCAUUUGUAACUGAAACCUGGUCACAUCAGUACUUGUGGUCUGAUCUUCAAGUAACUUGCGCUUGUGUUGCUCCAGCAGAUGAACUUUGACAAUUUGGCAGAAACCUUUUCCUUAAAUUGCAUUGUGGCAUUUGCAGCUAGAAGCUCAAAGAGGCAUCAUAGCCUAGUGUUUACUGUGUUCAGAAAUAUGAGCAUAGGUUCAAGGCCUGCUCCAGCCUUUGGCUGGCUAUGUCCUCAUCAGCUUGGGUUAGUUGCUUUUCUAGACAGAUUUUUUUUUUUUUUUUAGCUUUGACCAAAGGAAAUUUACAACAGGUUUACCUAUGUAAAUGUAAUCUUCAUUGUGAAUACCUAGCAGCAGUCAAUUGGUGAGAUAGCCCUUUCCCAUUCAUAACAGAGGACAUCUCAUGUGAUUAUAGCAAAGGUAACUGCAGACUUCUCCCUCCUCCAUUCUUAGCAAUCUGUCACGUGGUGGCUAUUUUUGUGAAUUUUCAAUUUUAAAAAAGACAACCUGGGCUUUCAUUUAUAUUUGGUAGAAGAUCAACAUCUGAAGUAUUGCAAAAGCCCAUACUGACCAAAAAAAAUGCUGAUCUGCAAUCCUUCAAGGAGUAAAAAGUAAAUGAAGACUUGAAUGUUGAAUUUACUUUGUAAUUGUACUUGGGUUUCAUAAGUGGAAUGUGUAGAGUAUUUAAAGCAUUCUACCUGGUCAGCUGAUAAUGCUUGCCCCACUGUAAUAUAACCUUAGUUGAUGGCAUGGGAUAAAACUUCAACAACCAACCAUCAUAAUGCUUGCUCACUUUGUUCAUUUGAAGCUUACCUUGAACAAAUUUUGCAUGGAGAAUAUUAUGCACAUCAACAAAUGCAAACUUUCAUUUGAUCUCUUUCAAGCAUGGGACAGACCUGUAUAAAGUCCGCGACAGGUUGGUCUGCCAUAGUGUGCCAUUUCUGUUGUGAUUGUAACAAAUUUUUUCUUGUCAGGGUGCUUUCCUCUCAUAGUCAUUAGUAUGUCUAUGCACUGUUAUCAAGCAUUUUUGUUUUUAUUUUCUCGUGAACAUAGUGAUCAAUACUUUGUUAGUCGCAAUUUAAUCUACCCAUGUGUCCUAUGCUCAUGCGGUAAUAUUGUAUAUCACAGAGUGACUGGUAAGGCAAAAAUGAAUAUGUCUGGGCUUUUUUUAAACAUGUAGAAUGUAUCAAUAGAGGUUAAUGUUCGCACCAACUGGUAGGUUUUUUUUUCCUGGGGGUUGGGGAUGUUGAUAUUCAAGCUGGUGGAGAAUUAAUGUUCAGACCAAUAUUUAUUUUGUUCAGAAAUUUGUAAGAAGACCUGAAAGAUCCAUUUCAUUUAUUGUGUUCUUGGGAGAGUUUGGAGAAAGUUAUGCAUGUUACAAGACUGCAGAAGCUAUAUGAGCACAAUCAGCUCUGCGUGUUAUUCCUUCUCUUUUCCCUACAGUUUUUUUUUCUCUCCCCAUAAUCUCACCAAUCGAUCUUGAGACACUUAAAACUUGAACAAAAACAUCAGUGGUGAUUUGUUAAGUAAUUGUGCUAAAGAAUGGAGGUGCUUAUUGUGCGUUGUUUUUUAAGGGUUGUUGAAAUGCUGGAUAAAGGGAAGUAAUCACAUUGUCAUGCUACAACAGCUUUUCCCAGUGCAACAGAGUUUUAUAAGUGUCUUGAUGAUUUCAGUCUUUCACUCUAAGCAUAGUUGGCAUACAAUCAAAAUUUGAAGGUACUUUUCUGUUGUGGGCUGACUCAGCACCUUCCACAAAUAAUAUGCCUUCAAAAUUAGCAAGAAACUUCAUUUCAAUCAAAAAUCUGUUUUUGAAAAUUGCAUAAACUUUCUUAAGUUAUAGUGCAAAACACCAUAAGUAUAUUUUAGUGAUGAAGAUGAGUUGUAAUCAUUGCCAGCCUCUCUUUCCAAAAAAAAAAAAAAAAAAACACCAACCAGUUGUUUUCAAGCAAGUCUACUACAGAAUUCGGUCUUGUAGGGGAGUACAAUAUACAUAAUUUUUUUUUUAACGAUGGAUGUUCAUUUUGUGAUUUGACUUUUCAUCUGUACAAAGUACAUGCUAAAAAAGUUGUCCUGCAUGGUUUGUUGUUAUCUUUGGUGACGGCAUAGAGUGUGAUAUGUUUCCUUGGCUUCAGGCUGUUUGUAAAUUUCAUGUACAGCUUGAUUUCUGGCCGUGUUAUAUGUGGAUUUGUUAAAGUAUUGCAAAAUGCCUGAUAGUCAUGUGUGUGUGUGUGCAUAUGUAUGUGUAAGGAUGAGUGAAUGGUGUUGUUUGGUCAGCUGGCGAAGAAUAGACCUUUUAUGCAUAGUAAAUCAGUCUUUAGAGGUAACAUAAAAGCUUUAUUGGUUAUUGUUUUGUUUUUGAGACAAGAUUGUCGGUGUUUAUGAUAAACACAAAUCAGCACUAGUAAAAAGAUGCAAGGUCAUUUUGCCAGCUUUUUAAAGACAAAUUUGCUGCAGUCAGCCUGUAUGCAGAUACAGUGCCUAAAUCUCUACCCCAUUUUUUUGGAUUGUUUCCAUUACCAGUACCAAGGAGCGUAUCUCAAACUGACAGAAAUGUGCAUUCACAUGUGUGUGUGUUGUGCUUGAUAAAGGAAAUGUGAUAUGCACCUCAGUAGGGAGGAUAUUGAAGGACCAAGAAUUAUACACGCGAAGGCAUUGCCGCACAUGCAAAUGUAGUCACUGGCUGUAAUCAAAGGUUGGUAAAAGACAAUGAUAGUAUUGAUAGUAUUGGCAAUUUUUUAGUUUUCUUCUAGUCGCUGGUGCUGAUUUGUGUAUUACUGACAAAUUUUGUGAACAACAGAGCAUUUCAGAAGCUGCUUACAGAUUGGGAGGCGAGACUCUAAAUUGAGAUGUAUAUUAGUUGAUUGUUUCUCAUUUUAUGUACCAUCUUGCACUGUCACACAGCUUUAGAAAUUAUGACAUUUCCUCCAUGCAGCCUUAGCUAUUUUGAUAUACUUAUGUGUCUACAUAGGGUGGCAGUUACACAUCAAGACUGUUUACACCCACCAACACCCCACCUUUUGGGGUUUUUUUUCCUCUGAAUUUUGACAAGAUGUUUUAAAAUGAUAUUUCAUAGCCAUCUUACAGGUGUGCAUGAGAAGUAAUAAUCUGGCAUGUAUUACUGUUACAGAAAUGCAUGCGUAUAGCAUUUGUUGACGCAGUACUUUGACCUGUAAAUGUUUGGUAGCUGACAUCGUAAGUUAUUUCUGUCAACAUCCAUUUGGUUUUUUUUCAUGAUGUAUAUAAAUAUUCUGCUCAUCUGUGUUGAGACUGUACUUUUCUAGAAUGCAGCUGUGAGAUUUAAAAGUACUGUUGAUAAACACUACUGAUAGACACUACGUCAGUGGCAACCCUGACCCACUUCAGGCUGGAGGUCUUUGAUCGGUAAAGAAUAGUACAGCAGAUGUACAUUUUACAUGCUGGUCCCAUGUUAAUUUAUUUUCAUUGGUUUUAAACCAUACUUAUCUAUAACUAUAAGACAAAGGCAAUCUGUAGCAGUGUGUAGAUGCUUGCAUAACAGUUGAGGACUUACAGGUACCUGUAAAUAGUGGUGAGUGGCAGAUAACAUGUGGUACAAUGAUGUGCAAAACAUUGUUAUAUCUAUGCUCGAUUACAUAAAGUCAUUGUUCUUACAUAUUAAGGAAUCUCUGGAGAAGUCGCUUGGUCGUGUGUAUAUGUGAAACUUGGAGUUUUAGAAAUUGAAUGUGUCAAGCACUGUUGUGAUCACCCAUUCCCAUAAAGUAGACUUAAUUUCUGUCCUACUGGUUUUUAUUUUUUAAUAUAGGGGAAAAUAUUUUGGGUACAAUAUAAAUAUUUUUGUUUUAGUAGGGGUUUUUCUUUUUUAUUGGGGGGUUGGAGGCUAAGUGAAGACAUUUCAAUGCUUCUCUCUUGUUUUGUUAUCACAUUCCACAUGCAUACCUGAUCAAUAGUACUGCACACUUUCAUGUCAUAUAGUCUUGUUUCUGAAAAUGGUCAAGGGGAUAAGGCUAUGAAAUUGACUACUCUUUUUGAAAUAGUAUUAUGGUUUGAUUACGCCAGCGGUAUUGGCAGGAUAUAGAACAUCUUGUGUCACAAACCUUCACCUGCAGGAUUUUAAGAUACCAUGCCAGUGUUGACAACACUCCAUUUAACAAAUUUUUCUGUCAAGGUUGCAUUACUUAAUCAAAUGAUGCAGGUUGGCUGUUGUUGUUACAGCUGUUUAUAAAUGCUGCUUUAGAUUAGUUUCUGCAGUUCAGGAAAGUGCCAUGUCUCCAGCCUAAUAACAAUGGCAAAGUAUGAAGAACUGCACUACAUGUUUUUCAUCUGGUUGUUAUGGUAAUUCCUCUAUGUGAAAAUACCUUGAAUGUUGCAUUUUUUUUUUUUUUUUGUACAUGGUUUUAGACUGCCACACAGACUAAUUGAGUAGUCAGGUUCUUGUAUAUAUUUCUGUAUUUGACAUGCAGUGUGGUCAAAGUGUGUGUAUUUUAUCACUCAUUUUGUUGUUCAUGUUCAUAUCUUAUGAAGUGGUCCACUUACCAUGUUUGUCAACUCGUUUCUGUUUAUCUGUUUUUAUACUAUCAUUACUUGAACAUGCAGAAUUUUUUAAUGUGCUUCAUCAUGUAACAAAAGACAAUAAAGGGACUGCCUCAGUUCAUUGCUGGGCAGUGUGCAGAAGA